AACAGGAUCCAUCCAGCAGCCGACUGUCAGUUUGUGCGCCGGAGCAGAGCUUACGCUUUUACGUUUACUGUCCGUCGAGAGCGCGUGCAUUGCGGAUGGGACGCGAAAGUGAGUUAUCCUUAUUCGCUGGCGACAUAACUAGGACCCACAAGGAGCCAAAUUACUGUAGUGAAAAAAAAUGGUGGGCCGCGGCAGCAUUUUCGUGUAAUUAGAGUGACAAAUCAAAGGAUCUGUGGUGGAAAAUUACGCCUGCAAAUUACGUCCGAAAGGAUACGGGAUGUUGUGUAUGUGCUUGAGUGAAGCCGAAGGACACCGCCACAUCAACAGCCUCACUCGGAAAUAGUUUUCUCGGAUGAAUUAUUCAGUUUUGCUGCGAUGCAGCACGUCACUGGCAGCUACAACAGCCAGAAGCAGCAUCAGCACCAGCACCAGCAUCAGCAGAAUCCUUGGGAGACCCGUCGCCCGCCAGCUAUGAAGAAGUGAAACUGAAAUUGGAACUGCAAGUGCAGAAUGGCAGCAAGCAGCAAGAGCAGUGGAAGCACAAAUAACGCAAGGACAUGGACGGCACAACGCACGCGACGAGGACAAAGGCCCACGGCCUGUGACUGCGAGUGCUUCUGCAACAGAAAUAAACGCCACCACCUCCUCCCUCGCAGCUAGCUGGCUAACUUUAGCCAGAAACCCCACGCCACCCCCGAGUGAUAUUAUUUUUAAUGAAAUCAAAGUGCUAAGUGAGUUUGCCAAAAAGGCAGAGACUACAAACUAUAUACAUAUAUAUUCGACCGAACAGAGCUAGAGAGUGUGCUUAACCCAAUUUGAUAAGUUUGUCCUUUGAUACGGGGAAAGCGGCAAGAGGCGAAAAGGUGGGCAGAAUAGUCACAAAGGACAUAUGGAUGACGGCGACCAGGUGAGCACCUGCAGUCGGGAGCAGCAGUUGAGAAAAGUGUACCACAAGCGGAGGCGACGCCACUAAAUGCUGCAUCCGCAUCCAUCAAUCAACGACCACAUACUCGCCUAAAUGAAGAAUGAAGAAACAAAAUGUGCGCACGAUAUCCUUGAUCGUGUGUACAUUUACCUACUUGCUAGUCGGGGCCGCUGUCUUUGACGCCCUCGAAUCGGAAACGGAAAAGCGUCGCUGGGAGGCACUGCAAGAUGCCGAGGACAUGAUAAUACGCAAAUACAAUAUCUCGCAGGAGGACUUCAAAGUCAUGGAGACUGUGGUGCUCAAAUCGGAAUCGCACAAGGCCGGCCAGCAGUGGAAGUUCACUGGUGCAUUUUAUUAUGCAACCACGGUACUAACCACCAUCGGCUAUGGACACUCCACCCCCAGCACAGUGGGCGGGAAGCUCUUCACCAUGUGCUAUGCCAUAGUGGGGAUUCCCCUGGGCCUCGUUAUGUUCCAGAGCAUCGGAGAAAGAGUGAAUAGACUGAGCAGCUAUGUUAUCAAAGCGGUGCGCUCCUCGCUGCGCUGCAAACGGACCGUCGCCUCUGAGGUGGACCUCAUCUGUGUUGUGACCACACUCAGUUCGCUGACGAUAGCCGGCGGAGCUGCGGCCUUUUCGAGAUUUGAGGGUUGGAGCUACUUUGAUUCAGUAUAUUACUGUUUUAUUACUUUAACUACAAUAGGAUUUGGCGACAUGGUAGCCCUGCAAAGGGACAACGCACUGAAUAGGAAGCCCGAAUACGUGAUGUUCGCACUGAUAUUUAUACUAUUCGGCCUGGCCAUUGUGGCCGCAUCGCUGAACUUGUUAGUACUUAGGUUUGUUACAAUGAAUACCGAGGACGAGCGUCGCGACGAAGCCCAGGCCAUGCAGUUUAUGUCCAAGUCCAGUUUAUGGACCAAUGAGGCGCUGCAAGUGGCUGUGAAGCUGGAGGGCGAUGUGAUAACAUCCAACGGAUCCAUUCUGAGCGGCUACGAGGGACACGACGGCCAGUCGCUGAACGGCACCAACACCUCGUCCAUGUGCUCGUGCCACUGCAUGUGUCUUAAUGGGAACCGACAUAAAAAAGAAAACCACUUUGGACGCAACAAUGAUGCAGAAAACCAAUACAAGCUGCGUCGAUCGCCCACGCACAUCCGGCAUCUGCUGCCGGAGGUGGUGCCCAUGCAGGACCUAAACUACGACUACGAUACCCAGAGCAUGCACACCCUGGCUGAUCGAGGAACCGUAGACAGCAGCUACAUGGGUGUGGACAUGGUGGACUCAACCACCCACGGGUCUCCGCUCCGACCACACAAACUACUGAAGCGUAAUGUCUCGCUUUUGUCCUUCCGCAUCUAGGAUGAGAGACGACGGGCUCAGGAUCAGGAAACUGGCGGUUCGGCUGAAACAACGAAGUGGCUGUCCAUCCCGUGAAGCAGUGGAGCAGCUGCUCUCGCCCAAAAAAAAAAACGACUUACAAAUCGAAAGUGAUAACAAGGCUCUAAUAGUAAUUAAAUACUAAUUUAGAUUCUCCGGCUGAAUGUAGUACACGAUGGAUCCAUCGGGUGGAUGGAUGAUUCGAUAAUGUCCCCCAGGAUGCUAUUUGUGUGCAUUUACAAUGUGAAUUAGAGCAUAGUGCGUAAAUCUAUACAUUUAGUGGACAUGAUAGAGACUAAACCUAUACAAUUGAAUGUAAACCACUGCCAUUUCCGAGCGAUUGACCCUAAAACCGGGUCACCGUAUGGAACGGCAAAGCUCACUAGUCCUCUAACUAUUUUAAUAUCUAAUUUCAUUCAGAAAAUCUCAUAAUAGAAAGACCUAAAACUUUUAGAGAAAGCCACUCAACCAAUAUAUAAACUGAUACUU